AUGCGUCUUCUGAUCUUCUUAUUGGCUACCAUUUCAAUGGCGAAUGCCAUGGCAUUGAUACUUGGAGUUGGCCAGGCAAAACGUACACCACAACCUCAAAAAGGUGAUUGGCCGGCAAGAUUCCCACAACAUCCGGCUGGAUUUGAUUACAAGUGCAAGAAUAGACAAUUUGGAUUAGUUACUCUUCCACCAGCUGCUCCAGCUCAACAAAUUCAAAGGGAUAUUGUGGAUGUUGUGACAAAAGAACCAACAACUACACAUGCUCCUACCACAACCACCGUCAAACCAACUUCAACUUCCACGUUGAAGCCGACGGUUCCAACGACAACAGCCAAGCCUGCUGAUAAACCAACUGGUACAACAUUCUGGAUCAGAAGUCCCACUCCUCCGAAUACGCCAGCUCCAGUUGUUCGUGGAGGAGCUGCAUACACUCUUGGACCACCACAAGCUCACACUGUCAAGAUUCUUGCUCCACAUGCUCCAGAUAAGGCCCUUGAUCCGUUCGCGAUGUCAUCCGAUGACGAUUUUGAAAUCAAACCUGUUGAAACACCGAAAGCACCAAGAAAAGUAGUUGAUCCGGAUGCAUAA